CCCGCGCCGCAGCAUGCCGCCGCCGCCCGCACCGCCGCCGGUGCCGGUGCUGGUGCUGGUGCUGCUCAGCCUCGGGCCGGUCCUGGGCUGCCAGCUGCCCUCGGACUGGAGGCCGCUGAGCGAGAGCUGCCGCGCGGAGCUGGCCGAGAUCAUCGUGUACGCCAAGGUGCUGGCGCUGCACCCGGAGCUGUACAGCGCCUACAACUACCUGCCGUGGCACGGCCAGGACGGGCUCUUCUACUCGGCCGAGAUCGAGAUGCUGUGCGACCAGGCGUGGGGCAGCAUGCUGGAGGUGCCCGCCGGCUCCCGCCUCAACCUCACGGGCCUGGGCUACUUCUCCUGCCACUCGCACACCGUCAUGCAGGGCUACUCCUACUUCUUCUUCCUCCGAAUGGAUGAUAAUUAUAACCUCCUUCCCCACGGAGUAAAUUUCCAGGAAGCAAUAUUUCCAGACACACAGGAGAACAGAAGGAUGUUUUCCAGCCUCUUCCAGUUUUCCAACUGCUCUCAGGCACAGCAUGUCCUCACCCUCUCCAGUGAUUGGGAGAUUCAAGAGGACAACAGGCUCAUGUGCUCCUCGGUUCAGAAAGCCCUCUUUGAGGAAGAGGACAAGGUGAAGAAACUGCAGCAGAAGGUGGCAACCCUGGAGAAACGCAACAAGCAGCUGCGAGAUAGGGUGAAGAAAGUCAAGAGGUCCCUCCGGCAAGCCAGGAAGAACAACAGGCACAUGGAGCAGAUGAACCGAAAGCUCAGUGAGAAACUCUCCUCCGCAGGCCAAAUCCCGCACAUUAACUCUUUAAAGCAAGAGAACUCUCAUGCUACCUACCUUAAAGUAUAAUGCAAACUGCAGUGUGAAUGCUAAUGAUAUUGGUGACCAGAGGCCUUAUCCCACAUUUAUCAUGUGCUCCUGUUGGAGUCUUGCCUGCAUUAGAACAGGACUGGGCCCAUACACCUUGUCUACACUGGGCUUCAAACCAUGUAUGAAAAAAAAAAUUGAGCUCCUUUUAGGAACAGUUCUAGAUAAGGAGGAUCCAAACUAAGUUUGACUGGGCACUGUAGACAAAAGUCAAACUGUCUUAAGGCAGCUUCACACCUUACUGGGAAAUAUCCUGGAGAAGAUCAUUAACACAUUUGGGAUCUGUUUACUCUGCCCAGCCACACAGAGUUUGAAUUCGGAUGAUCUGGAGCGAUGGCUAGGCUCUAGGCCUGGUCUCGCUGUUGAUAGAAGCUUUUGCGUGGACUUCCCACGGGAGUUGGAGCAGGCCUGUGGAAAGGUAUUUCAGAUCCAGUUUGCAAGCAGGCUUCCAAGUGCAGUGUAGACAAGGCCUCCCCUUUUGUAAUCACUGUUUUGAGGUAUGAUGGAGGUUGCUGGGCAACCUCAGCUUUGCUUAGAUACUGUAGAGAUUGCGUCAAUAUCAACAGGGCAUUAAAAUUAAGGUAGUUUAUAUAUGUAUAUAUUUUUAAAUCCUAUAGAAAAUAUUUUUAUUACACAUUUGAUAUAGUCUAAUUUCUUAAAGUAUGAAGUACAUUCUGUUUCUUGGUUAUCUCAUAAAGAAACAUCCUCCACAUUUUGUGUUAGGCAUUUCCAAGACAGAUUAUUAACUGCAUUAUUAAAAUGGCUUGGAUUAAGGCAACAGUCCCACUGGCUGACAGAGUAUACCUUAGGUAUAUACUUUGGUGCAUGUUAGCCAAGUGAUCUUCCUUUGUGUCAAUAGUAGAG